AUGGCGGAAGGACGCAGAGAACAGCCGCCUCAUCCUCUCCUCUCGGUACCACCGGCCAGCAAGCGACCCUGCCUUCGCCCUGCACCCCGAGGUCCCGGGCCGGGGCCCGGCCACGGCAGCGGGUUACCCAGCUCCCGGUAUCGUUCUCCCGAGUCCCUUCUGGACUGCGCUGCUAAAGCAGUAGCGGAAAAGUGGGCCUUCGAAAGAGUAGAGGAGCGCUUCGAGCGGAUCCCGGAGCCCGUCCAGCGCCGCAUCGUCUACUGGUCUUUUCCCCGCAACGAAAAGGAGAUAUGCAUGUACUCUUCGUUUCAGUGCCGAGUCGCCGGGGAGGAAGGUCCGUCUGCGGCUCCCGGUGGGGCUGGGGGUGCUGGUUCCGGAGCUACAACCACUGGUGGCGGUGGAGGAUCUACCGCCGGUACAACAGCUACCGUUGGGGCAGCCGGGGCAGUGGGGACGGGAGACGGACUGCCUUUCCGUCGGGGUAUCAGACUGCUAGAAACCGGCUGUGUGGAAAACGUUUUACAAGUCGGAUUUCACCUCAGUGGCACGGUGACCGAGCCGGCCACUUCGUCAGAGCCAGAGGUCACCCACAAGGUGGCCAUCAGCUUUGACCGCUGCAAGAUCACCUCUGUCACCUGUGGCUGUGGAAAUCGAGACAUAUUCUACUGCGCACAUGUGGUGGCACUCUCACUAUAUCGGAUUCGCAAGCCUGAACAGGUGAAGCUACGGUUGCCUAUCUCAGAGACAUUGUUCCAGAUGAACCGAGAUCAGCUACAGAAGCUGGUCCAGUAUCUGAUCACAGCCCACCACACCGAGGUGCUGCCCACCGCUCAGAAACUGGCCGAUGAGAUUCUCUCCUCGAACUCCGAGAUCAACCAGGUCCACGGUGCCCCAGACCCAACUGCAGGUGCCAGCAUUGACGAUGAUAACUGCUGGCAUCUGGAUGAAGAUCAAGUCAGGGAGCAAGUCAAACAGUUUCUGUCCCAGGGAGGAUACUACGGCUCCGGAAAGCAGCUCAACUCCAUGUUCGCUAAGGUGCGAGAGAUGUUACGAAUGCGAGACUCCAACGGAGCCCGAAUGCUAACGCUCAUAACGGAACAAUUCAUGGCGGACCCCCGACUGUCGCUAUGGAGACAACAAGGCACGGGAAUGACGGACAAGUGCAGGCAGCUCUGGGAUGAGCUGGGUGCAUUGUGGGUGUGCGUGGUGCUAAAUCCUCACUGUAAGAGUGAGGAGAAGAGUGGCUGGUUGAAGCAGCUGAAGAAAUGGGGGGACAUGGACAUCUGCCCUCUGGAGGACGGCAACUAUGGCAGCGAGCUUCCGAACAUUACCAACGCUCUGCCGCAGAGCAACCUAGCCCAGGACUCUCUGUCCAGGCCAAGGAGGACUGUGUUCAGUCGGGCCAUCGAGGCCUGCGACCUCCACUGGCAGGACAGCCACCUGCAGAGGAUCAUCAGUAGCGACUACUACAUGUCUCCGUCCUAUCAGAGAGAGGGGGAGAGCCUGCUGUUCAACCCACAGGGUCUGCCGCUUUGGCUAGACCACGUCCCAACAGCAUGCGCUCGCGUCGACGCAUUGCGUUCACAUGGUUAUUCCAGAGAAGCCCUACGAUUGGCUGUCGCCAUCAUCAACACGCUCCGCCUCCAGCAGCAGAGGCAGAUGGACAUCUACAAACACCAAAAGAAAGAACUUCUUCAGAGGGGUGUAACCUCCACCACCAACCUGGAAGGCUGGGUGGGCCACCCAUUAGACCCGAUUGGCUGUCUGUUCAUCACGCUCACAGAAAUGUGCCGCAUUGAUGACGACAACACCAUGGACACCGGAGACUGUGACCCCAGACCUCCAGUGUACCACCAUGUGCCAGUGUGGGGCAGUCCAGAUGCAGGGGAGUCUUACUUGACUCUGGCCUUAGAGGUGGCUCUGAUGGGUAUGGGUCAACAGAGGAUAAUGCCCGAGGGACUGUAUGCACAGGAUAAGGUGUGUCGUAAUGAAGAGCAGAUUGUUGCAAAGCUUCAAGAACUGGAGCUGGAUGAUCUCCUGGUUCAGACACUACGGAAGCAGGCCGUACAGCUACUAGAAGCUGGCCCGUUCAGCGGUCUGGGUGAGGUCAUCCACAGGGAAAGCGUUCCAAUGCACACCUUCGCCAAGUACCUGUUCUCUGCCCUGCUGCCACAUGACGCAGACCUGGCUUAUAAAGUGGCUCUCCGCGCCAUGAGGCUGCCGGUGCUGGAGUCAUCGGCGGGCUCUGGGGACGUCGGCCACCCUCAUCAUGGUAUCUCCAUAGUUCCGAGCAGAUAUCCUCGCUGGUUCACGCUGGGACAUCUGGAGUCACAGCAGUGUGAGCUGGCUUCCACCAUGCUCACUGCCGCUAAAGGGGACAUGUUGAGAUUGCGGACGGUGCUCGAGGCUAUCCAGAAAAACAUCCACUCCUCUUCCUUAAUCUUUAAACUGGCCCAAGAUGCCUUUAAGAUAGCUACACCCGCAGACAACCCUCCUGAUAUAACCCUGCUCAACGUGGCACUGGAGCUCGGACUGCAGGUGAUGAGGAUGACUCUGUCCACUCUGAACUGGAGGAGGAGAGAGAUGGUUCGCUGGCUGGUAACCUGCGCCACUGAAGUUGGUCUGCGGGCACUGGUGAGCAUCUUACAAAGUUGGUAUACUCUGUUCACACCCACUGAAGCCACCAGCAUAGUGGCGGCCACCGUCAUGUCGCAUAACACCAUCCUGCGCCUCAGCCUCGACUACCCCCAGCGGGAGGAGCUUGCAAGCUGUGCAAGGACCUUGGCCCUGCAGUGUGCCAUGAAGGACCCUCAGAACUGCGCCCUGUCAGCUCUGACGCUGUGCGAGAAGGACCACAUCGCCUUUGAGACGGCCUAUCAGAUCGUGAUCGACGCGGCGUCGACGGGUAUGACCUACUCGCAGCUGUUUACCAUUGCGAGGUACAUGGAGCAUAGAGGAUACCCCCUGCGCUCAUUCAAGUUGGCCUCGCUGGCCAUGACACACCUUAACCUGGCCUACAACCAAGACACUCACCCAGCUAUUAAUGAUGUGCUGUGGGCCUGUGCGCUCAGCCACUCACUGGGGAAAAAUGAGCUCGCAGCUAUUAUUCCGCUGGUGGUGAAGAGCGUGCACUGCGCCACGGUGUUGUCCGACAUCCUACGGCGGUGUACUAUGACUGCGCCGGGUCUUGCGGGCAUUCCCGGGAGAAGGAACUCUGGGAAGCUGAUGUCAACGGACAAGGCACCGCUGCGACAGCUCCUGGACGCCACGAUCUCGGCGUAUAUCAACACCACGCACUCUCGACUGACACACAUCAGUCCGCGGCACUAUGGAGAGUUCAUAGAGUUCCUGAGCAAAGCACGGGAGACUUUUCUGCUGGCGCAGGACGGCCACAUUCAGUUCGCCCAGUUCAUAGACAACCUGAAACAGAUCUACAAGGGCAAGAAGAAACUGAUGAUGUUGGUCAGGGAGCGCUUCGGCUGACCUUACCCUCCUCUCACAGAGACCCUCUUCUUGGGAAGCAGUUAAACUUAUGUUUCUAAUUUAAGUUUUUGUUUAUUCUUUUUACGUAUUUUGAGCCAUUUGCUGACUGAGUUUUUAUCCUGUUGUUCUGUUUCUUGAAUGUGAACCAGGAAGUGUUUGCAGUAUGUUGCUCUACUUCACUAAGACUGCAAAAGGGGGAAAAGUUUGAAAUGUCACCUAAACAAAAAGAGAGAGAAAGUAUUUUGCCCUCCGACUGAUGUUAAAUUUAAUGUAAAAAAAAAAAAAAGGAAAAAAAGUCAAAAGAAUGUGAUGAUAAAAGCAAAAGAAACUUUUGUUUAAUGGGGGAAAAUAAUGAUAUGAAAACCAAAUGAUUUAGCUGCAUGUACUGAAGAUGCUUUCAGCUGGAGUUAAGAAGAAGAGGUUUUCAAAGUGCAAGAAAUGUCAUUCCAAAAAAAAAUUAACCACUGAGGUCAAAAACACGCGUAGUGUUGCUGUCAUACCUCGACUGUACUGUCAGCUUUAACUUGAUCAGAAAUGGCCUCUUGUUUCAUUCAGGGCAUUUUAGACUAGAGAGGACAGAAUACAGAACUACACACGUGGUCUCGCUGUAGGAGAAGUUGGUACUACUUGCAGAUUUAAAAACCUUCACCUGCUGGUUUCUAAAGAAUAUCUUUAAUAGGAAGACCAACGAUGCUUCACAGGGUGUGUGUUUUAUAAAUCCAGAACUCUGAGAGUGACGUUCAGGCUGCUUUAGCUGAGGUAGGGUGGUUGAGUCUCCAUGUACACGUCUAUAUAUAAAUACAGUGUAUCUGUUAUGCCCUCCUAUAAGCUUAUUUACAGUGAUAAAAUACAACUGUGAUAACUGGUGGAGUCUCAAUAUACUCUUCAGCUAUUUGUGGCCAAAACCUUUUAAAUGUGUGAGACUCCAGGGCCCACUUUUCCAUCACUACAUUGAGAUUUAGUCGGCAAGUAAUACCAAUCAAGCCUCUGCUUCAUUUUUAUCACUUAAAAACAAGUUCACCUUCUUGUGUUUAUGCAAGGAAGUGUUGGAACCUGUUGGGGACUUGUUGACUGUUAGUCCCUUUUCCAUCACAAGAACCAGAACUCAGAUGUAUUCUCUCAAAGAAAUGCUUUCCUGGGUGUGUCGUGAUGCUGGCUGAAUAAUCAGUAAAACCACAGAAUGACACUGUUGAAGGGAGAAGUUUGAGGCCUGUGGUCACAUGUCUUAACCAACAAAAAUUCACUGCAUUUCUAGCAGAUGUCGCCAAAGCAGUCUUAUUAAGUUGGGCCUAGAAAAACUUGCAGCGGUUUUCUUUGGCAUCAUGUCUCAUGGUGAAAUUUUGGUUUAGCAUCUGGUUUUUACUUGCUCUAAUUUAGACUGGUUUAACUGGUUGGUUAGGUAUAGGCACCAAAAUCACUUGUUUAGGUUUGGGUUAAAAUCCCCACUAACAGCACAUGAUGCUAAAGGUUCUAUACAGGACAUGUUGGGAUUAAGACAGUGUGUGGCAACACUGUUGCCUGUUGACAGCAUGUCUUUGAUGUGUCUGAGCUGCUGGAACAUGCUUAGAUUUGUCUGAUGAUGUAGUAAGAUAACUUAUGUUAUUCACCAUUUAAUAUAGUGUUCAGUUUGUGUGCUGUGGCGAUGUCUACACCAAGCUGUGUUAGGAAGCAUUGCCAGUGGUGCUGGAGCAUAUCCUGGCUGUCACAGGGCGAGAGAUGGGGCACACCUGGACAGGUCAUGCUUGCAUUCUCACACAUUCAUACCAGUUUAUAGUCACCAGCUGACCUAACAAGGAUGUCUUUGGACUGUGGGAGGAAGCCAGAGCACCCAGAGAGAACCCACACAGGAACAGGGAACACAUACCAUAUGCAAAUAUGUCAGUGUGCUGUUAGCUUAUUUUGCUGCUUGGUUGUCAAAAAAAGACACAUUUUAUGACAUUUAUGACAAAAGAUCAUGUGUAAGGUAACAGGUAUUUGCUAAUUCAUUAGCUCAACCAUCUUUAUAUGUCAAUAUAGACUAUUUAUAUGGGACUAGCCAUGGCUAGUCAGAUGGCUAGUCCUGUGGUUAGCUUAAGUGAGGAAUGCAUUCAUUUGUAAAUGGAUGCUGACUAAACCUGACUAUGCACAACCACUUUGAUGGUCUU